UUCACCGAAAGUAAACCCGGACGCGUUCCCCGUCAAAAAAUCGGAUUUGAUAAUCUGCGAUACGUCCGGUCAAGUUUGUAAUUUCUUUGAAAGAAUUGGUUCUUCCGCUUUGGUCUCUUUGGUCAAAAAAGAAAAAAAAAAAAAGGACAAAGAGAAACCGACGUCGGCGUCCUCUAUACUCUGAGUCCUAUUUCCUGGAUUUCUCAUCCAUUCAUCAAAUUUUCCUUUUUACUUUUCCUUUUUAUUUGUAAUCAGAAAAAUCAGUGUAAACUGAAUAUGGAUUUGGAGGCCAGUUGCAAGGAUAAAUUGACACACUUUCGAAUAAAAGAACUCAAGGAUGUUCUCACUCAAUUGGGUCUUUCAAAGCAGGGGAAGAAGCAGGACCUUGUUGAGAGGAUAUUAGGUGCUCUUUCUGAUGAACAAGUUGCAAAGAUGUGGGCAAAGAGGACUCCUGUGGGAAAGGAACAGAUAGCAAAACUUGUUGAUGACACAUAUAGGAAGAUGCAGGUUUCUGGAGCCACUGAAUUGGCAUCGAAGGGACAGGGCGUGUCAGACAGCAGUAAUGUUAAAAUUAAAGGGGAAAUAGAUGAUUCCUUUCAAUCAGAUAUAAAAGUUUGUUGUCCCUGUGGAAGUCCAUUGGAGACUGAGAACAUUGUCAAGUGUGAGGAUCCCAGAUGCCAAGUGUGGCAACAUAUUGGUUGUGUUAUAAUUCUGGAGAAGCCUAUGGAGGGAAAUCCGCCAGUUCCUGAUUUAUUCUAUUGUGAGAUAUGUCGACUAAGCCGCGCUGAUCCUUUUUGGCUUACUAUUGCUCACCCUUUAUAUCCAGUGAAGUUGGCUAUUACAAAUAUCCCACCUGAUAGUACAAAUCCAAUGCAAAGUGUGGAUAAAACAUUCCAAAUCACCAGAGCAAACAAGGACUUACUGGCAAAACAGGAGUAUGAUGUCCAGGCAUGGUGCAUACUUAUGAAUGACAAGGUUCCAUUCAGGAUGCAGUGGCCUCAAUAUGCAGAUUUGCAGGUCAAUGGUGUACCUGUUCGUGCAAUUAAUAGACCUGGCUCACAAUUGCUUGGGGCUAACGGCCGUGAUGAUGGUCCAAUUAUAACUCCAUGUACCAGAGAGGGGAUUAAUAAGAUAACUUUGACUGGAUGUGAUUCUCGUGUAUUCUGUUUUGGAGUUAGAAUUGUUCAAAGGCAAACAGUUCAACAGAUACUUAACAUGAUUCUUGAGACUGAUGGUGAACGUUUUGAAGAUGCUCUUGCUCGUGUUUGUCGUUGUGUUGGUGGUGGAACUGCAACAGACAAUGGUGAUAGUGACAGUGAACUAGAAGUUGUUGCCGAUUUUUUUGGAGUCAACCUACGCUGCCCUAUGAGUGGUUCAAGAAUGAAGAUGGCUGGAAGGUUUAAACCCUGUAUUCACAUGGGCUGUUUUGAUCUUGAAGUUUUUGUGGAGCUGAACCAACGGUCUAGGAAGUGGCAGUGCCCGGUUUGCCUGAAGAACUACUCGUUGGAGAAUGUUAUAAUUGAUCCUUAUUUUAAUCGCAUCACAUCCAAGAUGAGAAAUUGUGGAGAAGAUAUUACCGAGAUUGAGGUCAAGCCUGAUGGUUCUUGGCGUGCAAAGGCUAAAAGUGAAAAUGAGCGUAGAGAACUUGGUGAUCUUGCACAAUGGCACUCUCCUGAUGGUACCCUAUGUGGAUCUGGCAGUGCUGAAGUUCAGCCAAGGGCUGAAACAUCCAAGCAGAUCAAACUUGAAGGUGCUUCAGAAGUUCAUACUGGUUUGAAACUUGAAAUCAGGAAGAAUCAAAAUGGGUUCUGGGAGGUUAGCAAGCCUGAAUUUAUGAACACCUCUUCUGGUAAUAGAUUACAAGAAAGGUUUGAAGAUCGUGAGCAAAAAAUUAUCCCAAUGAGCAGCAGUGCCACUGGAAGCGGUAAGGACGGUGAAGAUCCUAGUGUAAAUGAGGAUGGUGGUGGAACUUAUGACUUUACAAGCAAUGGGAUUGAGCUUGAUUCCAUGCCUCUGAACAUAGAUUCUGGAUUUGAAUUUUCUGACCGAAAUCCAUCUGUACCGGCGGGAAAUGCAGAAGUUAUUGUUCUUAGUGAUUCAGAUGAAGAGAAUGAAAUAUUGAUAUCUUCUGCAAGUGCCUAUAAGGAUAAUGAAAAUGAUGCUGUUGCAGUUAAUUUUCCAGUGGCUCCUGGUAUUUCUCAUCCAUAUUCAGAAGAUCCAGCUCUUGGGACUGCUGGUAAUUUGGAUCUUUUUGCCCCUAAUGGUGAAUUUGACAUGCCUUUAUGGUCCUUACCUCCAGGAAACCAAGAAGGCUCAGGGUUUCAACUAUUUGCUGCAGAUACAGAUGUCUCAGAUGCCUUAGUUGAUCUGCAGCAUAAUCCUCUCAAUUGCCCUUCGUCAAUGAAUGGCUAUACAUUGGCUCCUGAGACUACAAUGGGAUCUGCAACUCUAGUCCCUGGUUCUUCCAUUGGUCAGACCGAUAUGGAUAUAAAUGAUGACUUGGUUGACAAUACCUUGUUUGGCGGAGAAGAUCCCUCUCUUCAGAUAUUUCUUCCGACAUGUCCUUCAGGUGCAUCAGCGCAGUCUGGUUUGAGAAAUCAAGCUGAUGUCUCAAAUGGCAUCCGUACUGAUGAUUGGAUUUCGCUUAGGCUUGGAGGUGGUGCAAGUGGUGGUCAUGGGGACUCAGCAACAGUGAAUGGAUUGAAUUCAAGGCAGCAGAUACCUUCCAGUGAACGUACUAUUGAUUCUUUGGCUGACACUGCUUCUCUGCUGCUUGGUAUGAACGAUAGUAGAUCUGAGAAGUCAAGUAGGCAAAGAUCAGAGAGCCCUUUCUUAUUUCCUCGGCAAAAACGUUCUGUAAGGCCAAGAUUAUAUUUUUCUAUUGACUCGGACUCUGAGUAAUUGGGCUUGUUUGCCUAAAGUUGCUGGCCCUCCCUUAUGAAUUUUUUGGGAAACACGAGGUAUCUCAUGAAGAAACUCGGUGAUCACUCAUGAAGAAAGUUGACUGGUAUUUCAGUUAACAUGAAAUGAAAAUUUUCAGAAGGAAAGCCCAGCUGAAGGAAAAAAAAAUGGCUGCAAGGGAACCAUGCACCGGCCUUGAGCUGGCAGCUGCAGAAUUCUUUGUUAAAUGGUGAGCCCAAGGCCUUUUAUACUAGUUAGUGUUGCCUGCACAUUCAAUGAAGCUCUACACUUCUAAUUCUAUGCGUUGUAACAGGAUUUUUACAAGCAGUUUUCACCCUCAGUUAUUAAGACAGAUCAGCAUAUGCGAUUAAAUUGUACAGUUAGUGAUUUAGUCUGAAAAUUGGAGUUGAUCCAUUGGUUCAAAAUCUUUGGGUGCGGUGGGGGACAAGGGUCCCACCAUUUUACCGUCUUCACAAGGAUAUCGAGAUCAAAUAGUAUGUAAAUUCUCUCAAAUUCAGUUAUUUAUAGAAUUUAUUCCUUUUGCCAGACAGAUUUCCCUGCCAAGCCAUUACUGGUCGAUGUUUUUAACUUUCCAUAAUUAGAUUUGUUUGUACUUGCUAAGCUUUUUAAUGGCUGAACAGCUUUUAUUAAGUGCAUGACGUUAUUGUCUGGGUUCUUUUUUUAUUCUUCUAAUCAUGAACCGUAAAAGAGGAAAAACAAAUUGUGCAUUCUCUUAAAGGAGGAGACAUAUUUGUUCACAGAAUGAGUCCAUUGUGGCAAAGUUCUCUUUCUAUUUUGUGGUAUUAACAUUAUAAAUUGGAUUAAUGUC